UGGGGGUUCCUCUCCCCGGCCAGGCUCCUGGGUGGCAUCACAAGCGGGUGUCAGCGCCCUGAGUUGCCAGGCCCAGGAGUCAGGCUUCUGAGGAGCCCCGGGCAUGGGCUGGGCCCCCCUCCCCAGAGCUAAGCAAGGCCUCGGGGGGGCAUCGCUGGAGGGUCCGUCCCCACCGGGGCGUGGUGACAGCGCCUUAAGGAUGCUCCAGACCCUGUACGACUGCUUCUGGUGGGAGCGGCUGUGGCUGCCCGUGAACUUGACCUGGGCUGAUCUCGAAGACCGAGAUGGACGUGUCUACGCCAAAGCCUCAGACCUUUACGUCACGUUGCCCCUGGCCGUGCUCUUCCUCGUCGUGCGUUACGUCUUCGAGCUGUACGUGGCCACCCCGCUCGCCGCCCUCCUGAACGUCAAGGAGAAGACUCGGCUGCGGGCACCCCCCAACCCCACCCUGGAGCACUUCUACCUGAGCAGCGGCAAGCACCCCAAACAGGUGGAGGUGGAGCUCCUGUCCCGGCAGAGCGGGCUCUCCGGCCGCCAGGUCGAGCGCUGGUUCCGCCGCCGCCGCAACCAGGACCGGCCCAGUCUCCUCAAGAAGUUCCGGGAAGCCAGCUGGAGAUUCACCUUCUACCUGGUGGCCUUCGUCGCCGGCAUGGCCGUCAUCGUGGACAAACCCUGGUUCUAUGACUUGAAGAAAGUCUGGGAGGGGUACCCCAUACAGAGCACCGUCCCUUCCCAGUACUGGUACUACAUGAUCGAACUUUCCUUCUACUGGUCCCUCCUCUUCAGCAUCGCCUCGGACGUCAAGCGGAAGGACUUCAAGGAACAGAUCAUCCACCACGUGGCCACCAUCAUCCUCAUCAGCUUCUCCUGGUUCGCCAACUACAUCCGCGCGGGCACGCUCAUCAUGGCCCUGCACGACUCCUCCGACUACCUGCUCGAGUCCGCCAAGAUGUUUAACUACGCGGGCUGGAAAAACACCUGCAACAACAUCUUCAUCGUCUUCGCCGUCGUCUUCAUCAUCACCCGACUGGUCAUCCUGCCUUUCUGGAUCCUGCACUGCACCGUGGUGUACCCCCUGGACCUGUACCCCGCCUUCUUCGGCUACUACUUCUUCAACUCCAUGCUGGGGGUGCUGCAGCUGCUGCACAUCUUCUGGGCCUGCCUCAUCCUGCGCAUGGCCCACAAGUUCGUAACUGGAAAGCUGGUGGAAGAUGAGCGCAGCGACCGGGAAGAAACAGAGAGCUCGGAGGGGGAGGAGGCCGCGGCCGGGGCGGGAGCCAAGGGCCGGCCCCUGGUCAACGGCCACCCAGUCCUCAACCACCACCAUCGCAAGAAGGACUGAACCGCUGUCCCUGCUGCCCCAGACGCCGCCUAAGGCCAAGAAUGACCCCUCGCCCUUGGGGCCACACUAAUUUCUGGGGAGAGGAGGAAGCAGAAAGUGAGGGGCGCCCGUGUGCCCCACCCUGCUGCUUUGUCACCCAGUUGCCUUUAAGCCAAAUCUGACCGGCCUGUGCCCAGGCGGAGGGGCUGGUCACCGCCUGUCAGAGGGGAUGGCCUCACCUUCCUCAGCUCUGGGGGGGCCACGACUCACAUUCCUCACGCUCCACAACGCGGCCGGGGCUGGCCGGGACGCCUGGCCGCCAGAGCCGCCCGUGCCUUACCGUGCCACCCGCGGGCGCACCCUGCCAAAGGACCACGGCUCGCCUUCCUGAGCCGGGCGCGGGCCAGAACCAAAGCUGAGCUCACUUUAACUUUUUCUUCCUAAAACACAGAUGACCCAAGCGUAGGGGGGUGCACGUGAACUCUACCCUACCUCUGCCAAAAAGUGGGGGCCAUACGGGGCUCAGCCCCUACCUUUGCGGUCCUUCUCUGCCGGCCUCCCCAUAACUACGGCCAGUGUCUCACUGCCCCUCCCCUGCCUGGCCUGUCCCUCCGGCUAGCCUGCCUGGAGGAGGACGCACCUAGCUCUAAUUUUUAUUUAUUAAACACUUGGGGUUUGGGGUGUAAAGCCAGGACUACGGCUGGCACCUGACAUUUCAGCAGAGGGACCACUGCAGACCAAAAUGUACUGUUGGUGUUUUUUCUUUUUUUAAUUAAAAUAUAUUAAAGAGAAGUAAAACAUGGCAACAAGUGUCUGAGACUACUAGAGUUGAGGGGUCGACUAAAUAAACUAAGAUCAUCUCCUCAUGCCAUUUUCAGUUCUGUAACGUUGUUUUUAAUUUCAUAUGGCAAAGAGAGAAAGCGGAGAAGGUAUGAGAUCACGGUAGCUGCCCGCUGGAGGAGGGGUGCUCCUCUUACUGGAAGACGGAAUUGGGAGUAAGGGCUGAGGGCGAGAGACGGAACCACAAUCUCAGUUUGAACAAGAUGUUAAAAGACUUCCAGGGAACAACACAAACCCGCGACGGUUCCAGGAAUAAAACCCGUCGGGGGCGCGACACUCGACAGGCGAGGCUGGGCGCCGGGGCGCCGGGCGGUGGAGGAGGGCCCAGCCUGCUAGCACCACGGCGGAGGGGUCUCCUGGCGCAGGGCCCCCCGUUAGGAGGGGGGUGGCGAGACUGGAGACUCGGGGUCAGAGUUCACCUGCCAGGAAGACCCCGUUCCU